UUCCAAAAUAGUGAAGCAAUCAUAUAUUUGUGCAAACUAUAGGGGACUGGUUCUGUGAACAUUUUUGUCCGGUUAAAUACUAAGUUUUGAAACUCUUCCUAGGGGUGUACGUGGGUCGGUUCGUUUGGGUUUAGAUAUUUUAAUCACCUAACUCAUAUACCACGAUUUUGAAACACUAAAUACAAACUCACCCAAAUAAUUUAGAAUUUUAACGGUUUGUGUCCUCCAUACCAAAUGAACCAAUUUACAUGUCGCUUAACUAAGGACGAUCUCAUUGUCCAAUCCCAUCAUUCUAAUGUCAAUCCAUAAAAUAAUAUAAUACGUCGAAGGGAAAAACGGGAGCCCCAUUUCAAAAUUCCUACCUCCAGAGCAUUUCACGGAGGGGUAUUUUUGGAAAGAGUAUCUUUUAUUGUCCGCACUCUUACGGAAUUGAACGGGCCGAGUGAUUAUUAGGGCCUGCGAAUAGAAAACUGUUUCUAGCUACGCGGAAUCAACCCAGAACUGUUAUCUCGCACCGAUCUUCCAGUUCCCCCGUCGCAUCGACCCUCCUCCUGUGCAAGGCAGCUACAGGCGAUGAGGUUUUUGUAAGUCAGCCGGCUCAACCAAAUGACGAUUUGCACUCUCCAUAGGUAAGCUUCACAUUCCUAUCAAUCUCUAGAGGAAAUCACAGUGAAGGCCGAGGGAGGGAGGAAAUGGUUGCUUUGAUGGACAAUCGUCUGGAUUUGAAAAUCAAUUGGAAUUGGAGGGGUUUGGCAGACUAGAAGGAGGCAGAGAUGAAGAGAGGUGGGGGAAGAAGGCUUUGGAUGGUCGGGAAAGAGGAGAGAAGGCAAGCUUAGGAGGGAGAGUGGCGUUGAUUGUUGAUUAGAUGGUAGAUGUCUGAUGAGUUUUACCUGCUUUCUCCCGAUGCCUGAUGCCUUGAGGGGGUUUUAUUCCGUUCGUUUCUCGCACUUCCAGGUACUAAUUGAGACUCUUUCUUUAAUUGAAGUGGUUUAGAGCCUCCUUGGUCGGUAUAGAUAUUCUCGAUAUAGAUUUUUUGGUCCAACUGAGUCCUUGGUUGGUAUAGAUAUCCUUGGUUGGUAUGGAUGUAAUGGGCUCUUAGAGGUUCAUAUCCUAGGCAUUUUCCAUUUAAAGUGUUUCACAUUUUUGUCAUCAAUACAUAGUUUUAUAGCAUACAUGGAAGCUUACUCUGCUAUAAGAUUUGUUGCUUGCUGAUAAUUUUAUAUGUAUGUAGAGGAGAUGAGGUCAACAUGGUUCUGUGGGGAAGACUUCUACUACAAUUAGGGAGCAUUGUAGAAGCUACUGGACAACUUCUCUCAUAUUGGGCAUCACCUCCAUACAAGUGAUUGAAUGGAUGGGUACACUUUGUUGUUUGAUGACAUCUAUAUUAACCUUUUUCUUUAUAGAAACGACAUAUUGAGUGUUGUGUUUUUGUUUUCUUGGUUUGUAGGAGAACACUAUUUAUCCUCUUCAUCAUCAACUAAAUGGUUUCCCAAUAUUGAUAUCUCUGAAGUCAUUGCCUUUAUCAUCGGGUAUGCUUGCACUGUUUUAUUUGGAUGUUAGAAACUGAAUAGUGGAAUUUAGUUGUUAGAGUUCAUUAAUUUCUUUUCCAAUUCCGGAAUCCUGAAAGUAACCCACCUAUUUUGAUGGAGAAGCACACACCAGCUGAAAUUCCCAUAGUUACUAUGGCUGAGCUUCAAGGCUUGAGUGUAUACCAGCAAAAUGAGGUCAUUUCCAGUACCAUUUUCUACUUGCUUAUCAAAGAUAUAUUCCAAACAAAUCCAUAUUUGAAUUGCCAUUGUUUUAUAGCACAAUGUUUAUUCUGUUGAAGGCAAAGUGGUGGAUAUGAAACCUAUAUGGUGUUACAUGAGUUGUAGGUUUGGAAGGAAAGUCGCGGAUCAUCAUACUCAUUGGCCACAACUUAUAAGUUAUAUCAUGAAUUUCCUCAUUCAAAAGUGAAAUAGAGUUUACCCCUAUGAAACUCUACCACUCUCCAUCAUUUAUAGGCUAUAGCUACUAUGAACACUAGCCACUACGCAAAUCUCUUCUCAAAUUUUCUUUGAGACAUCAUUUUUCUUUUAAUUAUCAAGUCCUGAACGAAACCUAAACCAAAACUUCCCCUUCUUCCUUCAUAUUCGCAGCAAAUAAGGCAACAGAGGCCAGCAAUUACAAGGCUUCCCUGGUGACUCCUUCAUUGGAAAAUUGUACCUAUACGUUUGUUGCUCUUCUUUUUUUAUGGUAAAGACUCGAAUAGUAUUCACUUGAAUUUUAACAGAUAGUAGUAGGGUUGAAUUUUAGCAAGUAGUAGUUGGGUUGCAUUUUGGAAUAUUUUUAUUAAUGUUGUAUUUUACUAUUUUUCAUCGAAAAAAUUCUCGGUUUUAAUCGGAUUGGAGCAGACUGGUUUACUCCAUCCCCCUAUGACUAGCAACAUUCAAUCUAUUAUUGCUAUGCCAACACUCGAAAUUUCCAAAUUUGGAAUUAUAUUUUAUAAUAAUUCUAGCUAACGAGACAACGAUCAUGCCAAACUUUAAUUAUUCUUUACUUUCAAACUUUCUAUUUGAAAAUAAAAAAUAGUGAAAGAAAAGAGAAGACUGCAAGUUGCCAUUUGAACAUCACUGCUUCGGGAACAAGACCAUAGAAAUUUGAAAGGAAAUUGAAAAUUUUUAGGAUCGUUUUAAUACUAUAAAAUAACCAAAUAGAUCUUUCUGUUUAGUUUUUUACUAACAAAUACUAAACGAUUUCCUAUAAAAUACACUAUAAUUUAAUCAUUAUGAUAUCAAAUAAUUACAUAAUAUAUAUUUGAAAUUAUAAAAAUUGGGUUGGUCGAAGUUGUUCAUUUAGUAACUUUAAAUACAUAAUAUUUUAGCCACUAAGAUAUAAAACAAUAGCAUAAUAUAUGUUUCAAAUUAUAAAAAGUAGGCUAAUCGAGUUGGAUCCUCGGUUAACCAUUUAACCCUUUUCGUGAGUUGAUGAAUGGAUUGUUCCAUUCGAAUUAAUAACUUUGACGACAAGAUGAAAGUUUUAUAAAGAAAAUUAAUCAGCCAACGGGCCAAGUUAAAGCUAGCGACGAUUAUGAGAUGCUCAUUUCCCAAAGACCGGCAGAAUAUGCGAUUUUUUAUUCGGUUUCUGUAAACUUACUCCAACUCAUUAUAUUACCAUAAAUAAUACGGUUUCAUAAAGUAACAGGUACUCGAACUUGGUUUAUAAGGCUGAUUUUUUAUUCGUGGCAUCAUCCAUGUCUCUUUCUUCCUAAAUUCACUAUCUUUAUCACGUGUUUCCAAAAAAAACUAUACAAUAAUAAGUUAUACACCCCAUCAUUCUCAAAUUUUAUACCUCACCUCCUCCGGCCAACUGGCCGGGGCUACACACUAGUUCAUAAAGCAGACCUGUAGCCUCAAAGCAUACCACAAGUUUCUUAAAACAUACCAGAAACCUCAAAAAGUAAAUCACAAGUAUCUUAAAGUAGACAUGAAACCUCAUAAAAUAGAACACAAGUUUCCUUAAGCAUACCAGAAAUCAUAAAGCAUGUCACAAAUUCCCUGAAGCAUACCACAAAUUUCUUAAACCAUACCACAAGUUUCUUAAAGCAUACUAGAAACCUCAACAAGUAAAUCACAAGUAUCUUAAAGUAGACAUGAAACCUCAUAAAACAGACCACAAGUUCCCUUAAGCAUACCAGAAAUCAUAAAGCAGAUCACAAGUUCCCUGAAGCAUACCACAAAUUUCUUACGACAUACACAAGUUAUUAAAGCACACCACAAGUUUCUUAAAGCAAACAAGAAACCUCAUAAAACGGACCACAAUUUGCACCCCGAUUUGGGGAUUUAUCAGCAUGUCAUUUCUCUUUGCACCCCGAUUUGGGGGGCGGGGGUGCCGAAAUAGUAACAUUGCACCCACUUUACUCAUCCCAACACUGUUAAAAAAUCCAAAUGAGGGUAAGUUCCUCGUAAACACAGCUAUUGAUAACACCUAUAAUAGGUGUUAUUUGACCCUCAUUCUCGAGGCAUUAGCGUGCUAAAUCACCGUAUCUUAGCCACAUAUCAAGUUAGUUUAAGCCUGUUUUUGUUCCUAUUUGCAAAACAUCCAUUUUGGCAUAGGUUAACUUGAUAUGAAGAUUUUCAUGGGGAAAUUGACCCCACUUUGUCGUAUUUUAUACUUUUCCAGGGUUUUUUAUGAAAUUCCAGGACUUAAAGUCGUCUAGGAUUGAUCGGGAAUCGAUUGGAGUUCAUCUGGGCACGAUUGGGAAUCAUAGGAGCAAAAUGGGGAGAAAAGCAUAGGUCACGUCCACGUCACAACCCUUGGUCAGGCCGUGACCAUGUUUGUGGUCGUGCAUAGUGGCCUCGAACAUCAGCAGGCAGCCAACAAGAGGGAAGAAAGUUUCGACACUUGGAUCGUGGUCAAGGAGAUUUUCUACCGCAAUAAAGAUCACGCCAAUGACACCAAAAAUCGCGGUCCCGAUCUCACGAAGGAGGCCACGAUUUUGAAACUUUAAGAAGAAGUGAAAACACAAAGUUUUGGGCGAUUUAUCACUAUUCCAGGCUCAUCACGGCCUGGUCAGAGCAGUGACCAUCUUGAAGGCUUGACCUGCACUAACACUCUUUAAAUACCCCAUUUUUUCACUUGAUAGAGGGGAGACGACUUAAAGGGAAAAAUUAGAGUUUUUGGGUGGUUUUCCCACCUGAAAGAGAGAAAAAGGCAUGUGUUUUAGACAGAUGAACUUAGGUUUUCAUUCAAGAAGGAAGAUAAGAAUAAGGGGAGUCAUCUUGAAGAUUAAAGACUAGCCUUCAUCUAGGGUUAUGAAGACAAGGGUUCCCUCUUUCUUUCUUUUUGUUUUCUCCUCUUCUUCCGUGGGGUAAUCUCUUUUGUGCUUGGGGUAAGAACCCCUAACCUUUAGAUGUAUGAUUAGUAGGGCUGGGAAACAGUCUAGUUCGGUUUAAACCGGACCGGAUUGACCCAAUUUUUUACAACCAGAUUGGACAUAUAACCAACCGUAGACGAGAUUGGAUUGGCAGACGGUUUUAACCAAACCGCAUUGGAUGCAAAAUGGUUUGGUCCGCUUUUGACCAAAAAACCGUUUUGACCAGAACUCCCACCAAAUGACCGUCGACUCGUCGAUUGAGUCUGGUGAGGGGUGAGACUCAGGUCGUCGUCGGAGUCUGGGCAGACUAGUCAACUCUUGACAGGAGAAAGGGCAGAGUUGGUGACAAGUCGACCUCGACGCUCGAAUGGAGAUGUACAGGUACGGGGGAGAUCGAUUGCUUUCGAACGAACGAACGAACGAAGAUCGACGGGAGUUUGGUGGGACGAAACUUGGAAAUGAUGGCACCGUCGUGUUUGACUCGUCGCUCGUCGUCUGCUGUUUGCCUCGUCGUCGUUGCCGUCGAGGGAUAGAGCGAGAAGCGGGAGCAAAACUAGCAGGACCGCAGCUGCGCGGAUGGAGAUGGAAAGGGAGGAACGACCGAUUCACAAAACAUAUUAGGUCAUUAGGGUUUCUAGAUUUCCUUUCCCCCUUGUUGCUCAUGUUGGGCUUCCUGGCUGGGGCGUGUCCUAUUGUGUUGGGCUUCAUAAGAAAUGGGCCUGGUCAGUUACUCAGCUAUAAUUUUGUGUUGGGCCUAGUCUUGUUUGCCAUCCAGUUUUAAACGGUAUUCCGGUUUUGAACCGGACCAGACCGGUUUUUUCCAGACAAUAUGCGACCGGCAAUUGGAUUGCAUUAUUGGGAUUCUGAUUUUCGGUUGUAACCGGAACGGUUAAAACUGACCGGUUUCCAGUUUGAUCAAAAAACGAGAUCUAGAUUCCCAGUCCUAACGAUUAGAGUUUUGAAUAUGAAUUUACGAAUUCUCUUCCACAUCUAUGAUCAAUUGAUAUUGAAUGAUACCAUUAUUUUGCUUCAGUAAAAGUGGAUAGUGCUAGUUCUUGCCCUAGGUUGAAGUGACCAUCCCCUUAGGUCAAGCCAAUGACACAUCUCAAUUGAGACACGAUUUGAAUUGCCUAACCAUUGCAUUGAAAGUAUGUUUGUCCUUCAGUUUACCCUCGUAAGAAUCCAUACUUACCGCCCUAGCGAUCUGUCGGUGGCAUGACCAUUGAACCGAUAAGCCUACUAGGAGUGCUCUAGGUGACAUGAACAUUUUCCUAGUAGCGAUAUAAGAGGAAUCCAAGAUCAUAAAGUAAAAUAACAUCACAUUUGUAUACAAGCCCGAAUCUAUCUAAGGUUAGGGGAAAACUAGCCUCAAGUACAUCUCCUAUACUCGAACACAAAUCCUUGAAAGUCACUCCAUUAGUUUAGAACACCCUCAAUCAUCGUUAGGCUACAUAGUAAAUUAGUUGUGAAGUAGCAGUAGAUCCAUUGCCCCGUGGAAUAUGACCUUGUGAGUCAACCCUUUACUACAUCGCCAAUCUAGAUUAUACUUGACUUAGGUUGGAGUAGCAUUAGUUGAUAACCGAGUUUUUUAACUUGGUAAGGGAAAAUUACGUACUAGCUAUACCUUCUGAGAUUCCUUUCACAUCUUUUGCCACCCAGUCACAAUCUCUUCUACAAAAGAGGUUGCCAAUCAAUCUCUUAUUACAAAAAUGACUUGGGCCUUGAAUCAGCCUGCACUGGACUAACCCACACCCUUUGACUGUCCUCCGGGAAUUUGUUGGGCUUUAUCAAAAUCGGGCAUUCUUUCCUCACCCAUCUUUUCACAUUUUUCUGUCUGCCCAACUCCAGUUCUUUGCGGCUAUGCUCCCCACCAAAAAUUGAAGAGUCGGAAAAAGAUGAUACACCUCGAAUCCCUUCCCGACGUGCAUGCGCAUUCAAACGAGGCGCAACUUCUGAUGUCAUAAACCCAGGCAACAACAGUCCAUUUCCUUCCUCUCCACUUACUCUUUUCCUCUACAGAUUCUUGUAUACGGCUCCAUUUUUUCUACUGUGAAAAUCUGGUUCCCAAUCGAAGAUGAAUCUUUCGAAAUAGGCCCAUUUUUCUUGAUCAUGAUCCGAACGUAUGGGAAACACCACAAAUUCCAGUCAAUAUCAAUGAAAAUGCCGCAAAAAUUCCCAAAUCGCUUUGAUGAGAUCAACUCUCUUUAGUUGCAGGGUAAUGUCAAUAGCCAUGAUCCACGAAUUGCCAGAGUUUGAAUCAAAUUCCUCUUCGCUCCAGGCGGAGAUGGCUAUGGAUAUGCACUUUGAAACAAUAGAUGAUCAAGCUUCUUAAUUCUUAGGGAGUCAGCAAUGCUCGGGCACACCAAAAGUCAGCUGCCAUUGGAUCAAUGCUCAAUUUCAAAAUUAUCAUCAAUCGCCCAGUUCAAUAUCGUCCAACUUCUAAAACUUGGAAUAGCUUCUGACGUGAAAACUUCCGAGUUGACUACAUCUAACUUGAUCACCAAGAUUCUAACCAAUAAUUCCUUUCUUUCUGGUAGUCCUUACUUCCCCACUUCAAUAAACCUUUCCGGACCAC